AUGCCACCACGCACGGGCACUGUGGUCGGUAUAUUUGGCGUCCUUUUGGGCGUCAUCUUAGCUGUCCAGCUCGCUUUCAACUUUCAUGGAACCAGCCGGGCCAAUCAAUUCAGUCGUUCUCUGCCACUUCAGUCAACCCGCGCUGAUAAGUCAGCCACGGAGGAUGACAUAUUCAACGUCGGUAUUGGAAAGGCCGAUGUUACCGGGCCGGUUGUAGAGAUCGUGUUUAUGGGAUUUGCUGAUUCUGAGCAAAAGGGAACUGGUCUUCGUCAGCGUCUUUACUCUCGUGCUUUUAUCAUCGAGAACCCCAACAAGCAAGAUGAUACCUUUAUUUACCUCGUUACCGAUCUCGCUGCUGGCGAUACAGCUGUGAGAGAUGGUGUCCUCAAGGGGCUUGCUGCCAUGGGGCCAGAGUACUCUCGAUACGGAUCUCACAAUCUCGCUCUGUCCGGAACCCACUCCCAUGCUGGCCCGGGUGCCUGGCUCAACUAUCUGCUACCCCAGAUUCCCAGUGCUGGAUUUGACAAGGCCACCUACCAAGCCAUUGUCGAUGGUAUACUUCUUUCUAUCAAGAGAGCUCACGAGGCUAGGACCCCAACCCGGCUGAGCUUUGAUACCAAAGACCUUGUCGAUGGCAACAUUAACCGAAGCCCAUACUCUUACUUGGCUAACCCUGAGGAGGAGAGAAAGCGAUAUCAGUAUGAUACCGACAAAACCCUCAGUCUUAUACGGUUUGAUCGCGCAUCGGACGAUAAGACUACUGGUAUCUUGACCUUCUACUCUGUUCAUGGAACUUCUCUCUUCGCAAACAACACACUUGUUUCGGGCGACAACAAGGGUGUCGCCGCCUACCUUUUCGAAAGAGCUGCCAAGGGCGAUGACCGAUUUGCCGAGGGUUUCAUUGCGGGAUUCUCCCAGUCUUCCGUUGGAGACACGUCUCCCAACACUUUGGGCCCCUUCUGUGAAGAUACUGGCUUGGAUUGCAAAUUUGAAGACAGUACCUGCGGAGGCAGCACCGCCAAGUGUCACGGACGUGGCCCCUUCUUCCGCGAACUCGAUCAAGGAACUAAGAGUUGUUUCGAAAUAGGACGUCGUCAAUACAACACCGCGAAGGAAAUUUACGAGAACAUGGACACUUCUGCAAAGAGAAUCAGAGAUAACUCUGCCGUCAAGGCUUUCCAUGUCUACCAAGACUUUGAUGGAUACACAUUCCCAUCGCCGUUUAACCCUCAAAAGACUUUGACUACUUGCUCAGCAGCUUUGGGCUACUCUUUCGCCGGAGGUACUACUGAUGGACCAGGAAGAUUUGACUUUACUCAAAACGGCACUGAUUCGCCCAGCACGAAGAACCCUAUUUGGCGCAUUGCAAGAGAUUUCAUACACGCCCCCUCCAAGGAACAAAUUGCCUGCCAGAAGCCCAAGAAAAUCCUCCUUGAUAUCGGCGAUCUCACGUUCCCCUAUGCCUGGGCCGCCAACAUCAUUGACAUCCAAGUCUUGCGUGUUGGGCCCUUGUUCAUCAUUGUUGCCACUCCCGAGGUUAGCACCAUGUCCGGACGUCGUUGGAAGCAGGCUAUUGCAGACAAAGCAAAGGAGAUCCUGGGCGUGAGCAACCCACUCGUUGUUCUAGGGGCACCAUCAAACACUUAUGCCCACUACGUCACAACAGAAGAAGAGUAUGGCAUCCAGCGUUACGAAGGCGGCUCUACACUCCAUGGUCCGAAUACACUUGCUGCUCAUGUCAACCUUACCCUUACCUACCUCCCAUUCCUUUCUGCAAGCUCCAACAAUCACCCGGACCCAGGCCCAUACCCACCAAUUAACACCGAGAAGUCCCUUAGCUUCAUUGCCGGUGUGGUCCAUGACAACCCCCCGAUUGGCAAAAAGUUCGGCGACGUUCUCAACGGUCCGGAGAUGGGCAAGACCUUCCGUCCUGGCGACACCGUCAAGACUACUUUCGUCGGCGCCAACCCCCGCAACAACUUCAGACUGGAGAAGACCUAUACUGCUGUUGAACGCCAGGUCCCUAACUCUAACAGAUGGGAAGUCGUCCGAGACGAUUUUGACUGGAACUUGGUAUACCGCUGGAAGCGCAAGCGUCCAAUCAUUGGAACCAGCGAGGUUACCCUUGAAUGGACUAUUGAGGACGACUACUACUCUAUUGACAACAAGAAGAAGCUGGAGAGUGGAACUUACCGCCUCCACUACUACGGUGACUCGAAGGCUCCUGUUACGGGGCAGAUCACUGCCUUUGAAGGCAUUGGACCCGCCUUCAAGGUUGAGGCCUAG